UUCAUAUUCCACGUCAGACUAAUGCAAAUAUAAAACAAUAAUGAAAAAAAAAAGAAAGACAGCUAUGUUGCUAAAUUCACAUAGUAAAUUCUGCAAAAUACAUUAUACUUUAACGUUUGGCCUACCGACUAGUUACAAGAAAUCCAAAUCAGCACAUUCAGCUUAACAAUCUUUGACUUAAACGUUGUAUCAUUUUGAUAAAAAUGAAACUGUACUACAUUUUAAUAGCGUUUGCCUUUGUAAACGUAGUGUUUGCCUUUACUGACUUUCUGCCACAUCUCAAAGAGGAUCAUAAGAAACAGGUCGUCGUUACAAAUAUCCACAUCAAUAGUGCUUACUGGGGAGGGCGAUUGCCCAACGCAGUUAAACAUGUUAUUUGUGAAGCUGAUGAUGGAGUAUACAAAUAUUCGAUGGUGGAUAUGGUUUUCAUGAUGGCUAUUUUACCGGAAUCUGUAAACGACAUACCAACACUGAUACAAUACAUAAAGUACCAGACUGAUAUGCAAAAUGAAAUAGCAGCAUCCACCUCUAUCGGCGUGCCUGUACUUCCUUCAAUCUUCAAUUAUGGUAACAGAUUAUUGGAAGAUCUUAGACGUGAGAGAAAAUAUAAUAUGACAGAAGCUAUAAUUCAUUUAAUCCUCAAAAAUAUAAUUCUACCCGGACCAGAUUUCAACGAGGCCAAAUUCGGCGAUGUGUGUCGUGCAGUAGGAUUAUUCAAAAGUGUGAUAAACCCAAACAAAUACAUAGUAUCUGCUGAGGUGAACGAGUUGAAUACUUGUAUCAUAACUGAUGUAGACAACAGAGUUAGCAGAUACGAGCCUAUUGACGGCCGGGUUUACCAAAUAGGAGAUGGUUCACCUAAAACAUUUAGUAGCGAGAUAAUGGCCGUCCAGUUUAUCAGAAGAGUGCGGCAGUAGACCAGAAAUCAUAGGUAUAACUUAUCAAAAAUUAUAAUUUACCGAUUUUAUUAUAUUUGUACAC